AUGGCCGAGCUGAGGCGCCAAGGGCUGCCCAUCGUCCCCCACAACUACCUCUUCGGCAACUUGCUCGAGGCCAAGAAGGCCUUUGACAGCCUGCCGCCCGGCGCGCACGCAAGCUACGUCGUGGCCAGGCUAGGCGAGCCCUUCGACAAGGGCGCCUUCUACCUCGACAACUGGCCCAUGGCCGGCCCGAUGCUCGUGGUCACCGACCCGGACAUGGCCCACCAGACCGUCUACCACCCCGUCGCGGGCUCGGCCAAGCCCCCGAUGCUGGCCGACUGGUUCCACCCCAUCACCGGCGGGCCCAGCCAGUUCGACACCAACGGCCCCGCCUGGAAGCGCCUCCACGCCCUCUUCAGCCCGAGCUUCAGCAACCAAAACAUCACCGCCGCCGUGCCCGUCAUCCUCGACAACGUCGCCGUCUUCGUCCGCCGCCUGCGCGCCCGCGCCGCCGACGGCGCCCUGUUCCGCCUCGAGCCGCUCGUCCUCGACCUCAUCACCGACGUCAUCGGCGAGGAGCUCUUCAACAUGCGCCUCGGCACCCAGGACCGCCCGCACCCGCUCGCCGAGGCCAUGAAGGGCCAGCUCCGCCUCAAGUUCACCGCCCACAAGCCCGAGAACCUCGCAGCCCGCGUCGACCCGAUCCUCCUCUUCCGCACCUGGAACGGCGGCCGCGUGCUCGACGGCCACAUCGAGCGCCAGAUCAACGCCCGCCUCCGCACCCUGCUGCGGAACCGCGCCGACGGCCGCGGCAAGGCCGAGCCCUUCCAGUCCGUCCUCGACUGCGCCCUCGAGGACUGGCUCGCCCAGCCGGCCAACGCCGCCCGCGAGGAGCUCGACCCCGACUACCUGCGCGUCAUGACCCGCAACAUGCGCAUGUUCUUCUUCGCCGGCUACGACUCGACGGCCUCCGCCGUCGUCUACUCUCUGCACAGCAUCUGCUCGCGGCCCGCCGUCCUCGCCCGCGUCCGCGCCGAGCACGACGACAUCUUCGGCGCCGACGUCCGCUCCGCCCCGGCCCGCAUCGCCGCGAACCCGGCGCUGCUCAACUCCCUGCCCUACACCGCCGCCUGCGUCAAGGAGUCGCUGCGCAUGUUCCCGCCCGCCGGCGGCAUCCGCCAGGGAUCCGCCGACCUGGUCCUCCACGACGCCGAGGGCAACGCGUACCCGACGGACGGCGUCGCCGUCAACAUCGUUCACUGGGCCGUCCAGCGGAACCCGAAGCACUGGGCGCGCCCGGACGAGUACCUCCCCGAGCGGUGGCUGGUGACGGACCCGGCCCACGAGCUGUACCCGCCCAAGGGCGGCUGGCGCGUGUUCGAGUACGGGCCGCGGUUAUGCGUCGGCCAGCAGCUGGUCAUGACGGAGAUCAAGGCCGUGCUGGCGUGCGUGGUGAGGGAGUUCGACCUCCGGGACUGCUACGCCGAGCUGGACGGGGACAGCAAAAAGAUGGACCUCAGCGGGGUGGGCGGCCAGCGCAUUUUCAUGGUCGAGGCCGGCGCGGCGCAUCCCACGGACGGGUACCCGUGCCGAGUGUCGCUGAGCGGUACUGGCUUGUAG